ACACCUGUGCAACAUUCUUCCUUUCACCCCAAGAUCCAAAGAAAAAUGGACAGAUAGAUUCACCCAACACAAACAUCAAUGUUUUUUUUUGUUUUUCUAUUUCAAAUCAAAUCGUAAACAAACAGCUCCUCACGGUCACCGCAAAAGAGAGAGAGAGAGAGUGAAGACUGUUAAAUCAAAACGAUAAGAGCAACAGUAGGAAAUGGUGUCGUACGUGGGUGUGUUGCUGUACGGAGUAGGAGGCAUAGUGGUAGCAGGGAUGGCUUUGCUUGUAGCCUUUCAAGAGAAGCUUGUCUACGUCCCGGUGUUACCCGGUCUCACUAAAUCCUACCCGGUCACUCCUGCCCGACUCCGUCUCCUUUACGAGGACGUUUGGCUCCGAUCCUCCGAUGGCGUCCGCCUUCACGCGUGGUUCAUUAAAGUACUCCCUGAAAGCCGAGGUCCGACUGUCCUGUUUUUCCAAGAGAAUGCUGGAAACAUUGCCCAUCGUCUUGAAAUGGUCCGCAUAAUGAUUCAGAGGUUGCAGUGCAAUGUGUUCAUGCUUUCAUAUCGAGGUUAUGGAGCAAGUGAUGGAUAUCCUUCGCAGCACGGAAUCACAAAAGAUGCUCAGGCUGCUUUGGAUCAUCUUUCACAGAGGACUGACAUUGACACAUCUAGAAUAGUCGUGUUUGGGCGGUCACUUGGGGGUGCAGUUGGGGCUCUGCUCACAAAAAACAAUCCUGAUAAGGUUGCUGCAUUGAUCCUGGAAAACACUUUUACAUCCAUUCUGGACAUGGCUGGAGUUAUACUGCCCUUCCUAAAGUGGUUUAUUGGAGGCACGAGUUCAAAAGGGCCUAAACUUCUUAAUUUUCUUGUACGUUCUCCAUGGAGUACCAUUGACGUUGUUGGCCAGAUUAAGCAGCCAAUUCUUUUCCUUUCUGGAUUGCAAGAUGAAAUGGUUCCUCCAUUCCAUAUGCAAAUGCUCUAUGGUAAAGCAGCUGCUCAUAAUAGAGAAUGCGUCUUUGUGGAUUUUCCUAAUGGCAUGCAUAUGGACACUUGGCUUGCUGGUGGUGAUCACUACUGGAGAACUACCCAGCAGUUUCUUGAAAAGCAUGUUCCAGAGAUAAAGGAACAUGAUUCAUCCCAUGAUGACAAAGGCACUUUCAUUGUAUAUGAAGACACUGUUUACCUGAGAAAAACCACCUGAUGCUUAUCCUUUACAGCCUGUUUUAUGUCGUGUUAACUCUUAUACAUUUCCAUGUUAUUAUCAUAUCAUACCUGUCUUAUGAUAGAUGUGGAAUAGCCAGCUCUAGAAUCUGAGUUGUGGUGAAGAUUCUUAUCACUGCUGUGUUGGCCCAAGCUCAAUACUCUCUACUCACUUCUUGAUGAAGAUUUUUAUAUUUCUGCUUCCAGAUAUUGAGGGGAGGUGACUUCAUUUAGAAUUUUGAGAUGUUAUAAAUUGGCUCAGGGCAGCACCUCGAACUCAAAAGUAUUGGUACCUGUACUCUGUUUUUUCCGUGAAGUUGCAGAGAGUAAAAGCACUUUGUGGGUUUGCUCACUGAAUAGUGAAAUCAGUCCAAAGCAUUCUGGUUUUCUCAGAGAAUUUUUGUUGGUCUCACAAGCCUCAGCAGAUGUUCAGAAAAUAUGAAUGCCCACUGGUAUAGUGUACACCAUCCUGAUAUACAUCUCCUUAGCUAGUAAACUCCGACGACCUGCUGUGAUUGUAUGAACUAAGAAGUCUCAGAAAAUUGAAAUAAAUUAUCGGAGUUCAGAUGCUGGACUGGUUGCAUGUUUCCACAAA